UUUGACUAUGGGUCUCAAUAAAGACAGACAGACGGAAACAUUUAACCUUCUUGAUAGCUCGAAAACAGUUGUGAAUUUAUUAAAAACGGGAAUUCAGCAGUCAGUGCAAAUGUUUAAAUGUAAUAAUAAUACCACAAGAUAAAUGAGUUUCCGUAGCAUAAUCCUUGUAGCCAUCAUCCCGUUAGUUUUAUGCGCCCUGCCCCAAGAACGCAAGUACACGACGAAAUAUGACGAUAUAGAUUUGGACGAGAUCAUACAAAAUGAGCGCAUUUUGAAGAAAUACAUCGACUGCCUUCUGGACAGAGGAAAAUGCACGAGAGAUGGAAUGAUAUUAAAAAAACAUAUGCAGGACGCCAUAGAGACAGACUGCAUAAAGUGUAGCAAAAAGCAAAAAGAAGGCUCGGAAUAUAUCAUUAGAUAUCUGAUAGACAACAAACCCCAUUACUGGUCUUCGCUGGAGGAAAAGUACGACCCCACUGAAAGUUACAGGAGAAAAUAUUUGGAAAGUAGAAAGUAUGAACACAAAAUUGGAAAGGUUUCCGGAAUGUCCAGCCAGUUAUUGGCAACAGUACACUGGGUUGCCUAUAGUCAAAAUGAUAAUUAAUCCACUUAUACUUAUGAAUGA